AUGAUUUUUUGGCAGCCCUACAGCCGGCUAGUUUACGCGACGAAGCGUGCACUGCCAACACGCGAUCCCCCGAGAUUCUCGCCGCCAGCGUCGGCCGCCGCUUUAUCGUGGCUAACGCAACUUUGCCAGUGCGACCCGGCCCUCGACAGCGGCACUCGGAACCCGCAGAUCGACGCUAGAGGCCUUUGUUCAAAAGGAACGAAACUCGCCUCUCGUCCGGAUUAUGCGCCGCCCUCCGAUGCGAUUAUAACAGACGGAAUUGUUCCCGGAUUGUUCCCGAACGCCUCGGUGCAUGUUCCGCGAAUCGGGGUUGGAACAUUGGAACGUGUGUUCCUCGACCCGCCCGCUCGACCCCAUUUGCCCGCGGAACAUUCCCCCGCCCUUGUU